AUGACUACUGUAGAGAACGGUCAGCUCCAGGAUCCAGCACCGCGCGACGACUACGAUCCGGACGAUGUUGGCUUCUCGAAUAGUCCGCCAUUGCAACCUGUAAAAGUCAAUCUCCAACCCACGGCGACGCACUCAUUCAUGGGCCCAUUACCGCCGCCUUUGAGUCCCCGCUCCAGCCCUGCUUCUCCCGAUCGCAAAACCUUCAAAAAACCGAAAGCUAUCCCGAGUCAGAGUGAUGCUGGACUGGUGAGCAUGAUGGCAAACGGCGCGGCCCCAGAAAUAUCUGAAAUGGCAGGGAAGAUCACCUUGGCCGAUGCGGAUAUGGAUGAAGAUGAGCUAUCGUCGAAAGCGGUCCUGGUGGAUGUGAAUAUGGAAGACGAGGAUGAGUCUGAGGACGAGGGAGAGGAAGAGGGCUCUUUGGUCGAGGUAGCAGUUCAUGGAGAGCAGAACAGCUCGGGCAAGGUUGACAUGGCACGCGCCGUUCAAGCACUCGCAGCGCAAGCGGUGGAAGCAAUGAGGAAUAUCCCUAAAGGCCGAUCACCCUCUCCGAAAAUCGUCAGUGCUGGAAGUGAGAGACCGCACUCUCAGGUAUCGAGGGAAUCUCACGCCUCUGGAGGAGAAGUGAGACCGAAGAUAUCGUCUAUUUUUGGGACAGCCAAUCCUCCUCGAAGUCCUCUAGAAAUUACCGUGAGAUUAGAGCCAAAGUCACCGGGUUCAGAAGAGCUGCCUCCUAUCCGACAAGGGCCAGACUCGCCCAUGGCCAACGGUCAUGGCAAUCCUAUAACUUUGCCAUCGAUCUCGGCCUCGCUCGCGAAAAUCGGUGAUGUGGUGCCUAAUUUUACGCACUCUCCGCCCGGUCACGGUCGACCACCUCCUAUGUUCAGCCCGAUACAAGGUCAUGGAAGUCCUCCAAAAUCUCCUACUGACACAUUUCGGCAUCAGCUUCCAUCGCCGGGAAGGCCUUAUUACCCAUACAAUGGCCAUAGACGGCCUUCAAAUUCAGAAGGGAUUCAGUAUUCCAGCGCCAACGAUUACAGUAGUAGCAACACGGAAACACCAAGCACUGAAGCAUCUGCAGCAACACCCGCGAUUGAUCGGAUGAGCAUUGAUGGAAUCACGAACCCACAAAUCGGCGGGUUUCAAUGUACUUACCCAGGCUGCAAUGCACAACCGUUUCAAACACAGUACCUGCUAAACUCUCAUGCAAAUGUACAUUCUUCAAAUCGGCCUCAUUAUUGUAGCGUGAAGGGAUGUCCGAGAAGCGAAGGCGGCAAAGGCUUCAAAAGAAAGAAUGAGAUGAUUAGACAUGGCCUCGUUCAUGACUCGCCGGGAUAUGUGUGUCCAUUCUGUCCAGAUAGAGAGCACAAAUAUCCGCGGCCGGACAAUUUACAAAGGCAAGUUCACUAG